GAUUGUCGCACGAAAUUGUGCUGUAAACCAUACAUAUGGAUAUCAAAUUCGGGGGGAAGCGUGCUUUAGUCACUGGUGCGGGGAAAGGUAACGUUAUUUCUCUUGUUUUUGUUGUAUAACUGAUAAAUAAUACUAUGUCCGAUGCGCGCGCCACUUUUUGAGUUCGCUCGUCUCUGGGUCGUCUAUGCGUCUAGGAUUUUGCCUUUUAUAAAAAUGAACGGAAAUUUAAGUGAGGGGACACAAAAAAACAUCUCAGGUUUGUCUUAUAUACAGGGAUAGGUCGCAGUACUGCUAAGAUGUUAGUGAAGUGUGGGGCUGAGGUAAUAGCCUUAUCCCGGACACAAGAAGACUUGGACAGCUUGAAAAAAGAGGUUGGGUAAAAGCAAGAAAUAAUAUGAGUUGCUUUAGUUUUACGUUUUAUGUCUAGUUAAAGCCUUGGUCUGAUAUUAUUAUCCUCCGGUGUGUUUGGGUUUGAUAAUAUCCAAUGAGUUUGAAACAGAGUCAAAUAUGCAGUAAAUGUAGGAAGCAAAUUUUGGAAAUUUGAUUAGUGACUGCUUGAUGUGACCAAUUAAUUUAUUAGAGGGACACUCAAUUAGAGGUUUGACUUAACUCUAGGGCACCCACAGAAAUGCAUUGGCUACAAAGCUCCACAGACUAUUUACACAACACCAUGAUUUACCUGGGCAGACUCUUAAGCUCUAGUAAAAACCAAGCCUCAUGAUAUCUUGACUCCACCCUAUUUUAUCAUGGACAGCAUUUCCAUGUCAUGGACUCCUCCCAAAAGAUACAAAGAUUUCCCCUCUGCACUCUUGCCUGUUUUGGUGUUUGUAUCACAAGGUUUGACUAUGUCGGUUGUAUUUUUAAAGGAACCCUCAAUUCAGACUGUUUGUAUUGACCUGUGUGACAUUGAAGCUACAUUGAAGACAGUAGAGAGUAUUGGGGACAUUCAUCUUCUUGUGAACAAUGCAGGGAUUGCCAUACUUGGACCCUUUGAAGAGGCAAAGCCAGAAGAUUUUGACAAGUAUGUAGACUGUAGUCCUCUAUCAAUUUCUUUAAAUAUUUUUAAACUUAAUGAGUGAUUUAAGAUAAUAGAUGACAAUAUUUAUUACUGCUUAUACUCUGAGCUCCUUUGACUUAUGCACCCUUUAUAUAAUACAAUAUUAUUUGAAACUGGAGAUCGUUUGCUUUCGUCUCUAGUUAGCUUCAAGCAUUCAUAGAGUAAAUUUGCACUUCUUUAAACGUUGGGAUUAGCUACAGCGUAACCCAGUCUUGCAACCAUGCUUACUUCAUUUUUAUGACCAUUUUUGUUAGCCUGGACAAAAUUCCAGUCAUUUCCUCAUAUUUCUACAACCUCAAUAAUACCACCACCCUAUUACUACAACCAAGUCAUUAUCUUCUUCACAAUUUUACCUCAUUCAUAUGACCAGGAGAAUGCCUGGUGAUGCUGUUUGGAAGUGAGAAGAAAUCACCCUGACAGAGGAUAACUUCUUUUUAAUUGGAAGCAUGAUGGUAUUGUUUGCAUUUGGCAUGAAUUGACACUUAUGGUGACAUAUUUCAGAAAGGAUUCAUAUGGCAGAAAAAAAAGUAAAAAUUGUUUUGAUUAGCUGGAUUGAUUACAGUUCUUCUGUAAUCAAUCCAGAGUGGCCUAUGUUUCUUAUAGGAUAUUUUCAGUCAAUGUAAAGGCUCCUUUGUUCAUUGCACAGGUAGGACUCGUAAUAUAUACUUUAUUCUCUGCUUGGUUUCUUGAAGUUACUGUUGCCUUUUCAGUUACUGUGCUGUUUUUCAGUUUUGUAGUUCUGUCAAUGACUUUGGACCAGUUUUAACCAAAGUUCCUUGUUAUGUAGGUUGUGGCUAAAAAGAUGAUUGCUAGUGGUUUUGGAGGGGCAAUAGUUAAUGUUUCCAGUCAAGCCUCCAAAAAGGCUUUAAAGAACCACAUUUUGUACUGUAAGUAACCGAAAGACUAAUCACCUGCUUUAAAUGCCCUUGAUAACAUAAAAAAACAGCAAAACCCCCACUAACAAACAGUAACUAUUCUUUAUUCUAUACUACAUUAUUUAGCUAAAUUGAAACAAAAUUUGAACCAAGAAUUCAAAGCCCAUGUAUAUAGCUACACCUUGCCCCUUUUCAUGCCUUCUUUUGUAGGAGUAUGAGGUCAAAUUUGUUUUAAGCUUUUCUUUGUGAUUGCCUCAGGUUCUACAAAGGCAGCUGUUGAUAUGCUUACAAAAUCCUUGGCUUUAGAACUGGGUCCUCAUCAAGUGAGUAAUGUUUUGAGUUACUACUCAGUUAAGAAAUGACUUGAGUACUUGUAAUAUUUAUAACAGGCCACUGAGGCCAUGAAAUCGAGCACUGCUUAGCUCACUGCUACACUCUCAUGAACAUGAAUACACACAACAUGAAUACACUGGCUGUCAAGUCACAUGACUCUAGACUUCCUGCUCUAGAUAAGUAAGUCCCGGAUGUACACUACAGUACUGUGUGCACUCCAUUUAGUAGAAAUGUAAAAAUUAUGCUGUCAGUGUUUGGUUUUAUUAUUUUCUUGACUUCAGGGUCCUUUUUGUUGCCAACCAAAUGCAAAAGUAAAAUAGAAAUUGAGCACCUUUGUUUUUAAGUUGUUUUAAUGAUUAUUUAUUUUUUCUUGAAUACAAAUGUCUCUCAUUUAAUUUUAACAGUAAUUCAAAGAAAUUAAAUUAAGUCAUAUUAUGAAAGAGAGGUUGCUUUCCUUGCAGAUAAGAGUAAAUGCCGUCAACCCAACUGUUGUGUUGACAGAUAUGGGAAGGUUAGGGUGGUCAGAUCCUGCCAAAGCAAAGCCAAUGCUUGACCAAAUACCGCUUGGAAGAUUUGCAGGUAAAACUUGAAAUAAAAAUUGCAGAAAAACCUUUCUGGCAAAAAAUAGUUUUAACGUUAUGGUAGUUUGUUAUUUAUAGUUACAUCCUAUUCGUUUUGCAGAAGUGGAAGAAGUUGUACAUGCCAUUGUUUACCUCUUGAGUGACAAAGCUAGCAUGAUAAAUGGAACCAUAUUACCUGUUGAUGGAGGAUUUCUUGCACAAUGAUAAAUAUUUAUUGAUAUCUGAACGGUUUACUUAUGAUCCUGCCAUAAAAUGGUUUAAAAAUAUAAUGUUGGC